GCCCAAUUAUCGUUAAUGGAAUUCCCGCAUAAACGACUCAUUAUACACGCACACAGUCAGCGAGCUGAAUUGAUCGAUGGUUUGUUCACCUUCUCCACCGCUUUCUUCCCCAGCGUUCUGCUCUUUCCACCUGUGGGCAACUACCGCCGUUAUCUCAUCCACCAAACAUGUGAGAAAUACCGCCAGCAGUACGAUCUGUUCACCUUCUCAGUGGGCCAAGGGCCGCAGCGGCGCACCGUCCUCUGCUUUCGCAACCAGCUUCUGGAUCCCAGUGGCUUCGAGAACCGCAAGCAGCAGCAGCAGAGGGAGAAGGAUAGAGAGCGAGAGGCAGCGAAAAGCUGGCGGAGCAACAACAAUUCGCACUAUCACACGAACGGCAGAAGCAGCAGCGCCAGCAGAAGAAGCGCCACGGAGCUCUGUAAGAUGGGCGUUAAGAAGCAUAUCAGCGAGACUCCAUUAAGCAAAUCGAACUCGGUGGAUUUAUACAGGCCGCCAGCGCUGAGGAACAAUAGCAAUAACAACAACAGCAGCAGCGAGGAAGCAGCUGCAGCAAACGAAGCUAUAACAACACCAUUAGCUGCAGGAACAGCAACCACUGCAUCUACGAGUCCUACCUCCAAAGAAUCCCCGAACAGAGAGUACCAGGCGGACGCUUCAGCAGCGGCGGCGACCCGUCGUGAACGCCGUCCCGAUCGAGCGGUUUAUGUGCCAAGGGCACGACGCAGUCAAACUACACCACCGACUACUACAACAACAACAACGGCGGCGGCAGCGACAGCGGUUGCAACAACAGCACCAGCAGCAGCGGCGGUAGUCGCAGCAACAAUUACAACAGCGCCGGAUUCCCCGCCAGUUGCAGAUACACACCCGAGCAAAGCGGACGACGCCAACGGUCAGCCGCCGUCCAAGUCGAAGAAAAGCAAAUCGCAUCGGGAGCGCAGAGAACGCGGAAAAAAAACGACAGCAACUACAACGGCCGAUAACGCCACUGUACUGGUUAUAUCAGCAUCUGAGAACGAUACUCAAUCCAACGAAGAACACCGACCGGCAAAGCCAGCGGACUGUGAUAAGGAGAUCAUGAGCGGCGCCCAGCGUACAAAGCCAGGCAAUGGCAACAAAUCAGCCAGCAAUGGCAAAAGCCAGCAAUCGCCUCCGCUGCGCAUCGAGGAUGUGGUGGCGGCCAGGAGCACCAAUGGCGAGGAGCCGGCCAAAUGUGAUAAUGAUGUGCGCGAGCUACAGCGAGCCUCAAAGGAAAUCAAUCGCAGCAAUCGCCGCAUCAUGAAACAAACCUUCAACUCAGAUGUGCUGGAGAUUCCCGAGAAAAUAGAGACAUCGGCAACAAAGGCAAUCCCCACAUCACCGCAAGCAUCAGCCACAGCGAAACCACCUGCAGAAAGCACCACCGAAGAUGAUGAUGAGGAGGACGAGGACGACUGGGAGAAGAUGUUCGACGAGAGUGGCGACUGUCUGGAUCCCAAGAUUCUCCAAGAACUGUCUGAAUCCGUGGGCAAGUGCAAAAUAGAGCUGCCCAAAAUGGACUAUACGGUCUUUCACAUUAAACAACAACUGCUCAACGAAGAGGAGUUUCCGCACGUUCUGGAGGUGUCCAAUUUCCCAGUGGAGUUCAAAACUCCCGACCUCCUCAUGCUUUUCGCCCAGUACAGGGGCAGUGGCUUCGACAUCAAGUGGGUGGACGAUACCCAUGCCCUGGCUGUGUUCAGCAGUUCCCGCAUUGCUGCUGAGGUGCUGACGAUGGGGCAUCCGUUUGUCAAGUUGAAGCCACUGGCGGAGGCCACUCUGGAGUCACGACUGAAGGCGAAGAAGGCCGGCGCGGUGUCAAUGCAGCCGUAUCGCCAGCGUCCGGAAACCUGCACGGCCUUGGCCCGACGACUGGUAUCGGGUGCACUGGGAGUCAAGCUGCCCACGGCGCCGCAGGAACGGGAGAACGAGAGGCGGGUGCUACGUGAAGCCAAAGAACGCAAACUGCUAGCUGCCAAACAGCGGGACGAGGUCUGGGAGAGCUAGACCGAGUCCCGGAAGAAGGCCAGGUGCAUUUUUCUCACCCUUUUCUCAUCUGCAAUAAAUGCGGCAGCAAACACAACACGAUGUGGA